GAGCGGGACCGGCGCGGCGGCCGCUCCCGGCGUCGUUCGCAGCGGGGCCCCGGCGCGGCCAGGGGGAUGCGCCUCCGCCCGGCCCGGACAAGGGGACGCGGGUGGAGCGACGCCGCGCGCCAGGCCGGGCCCCCAGCUCCCCGCUGCCGCUCGUCCCGCAGCCCCGCGGCCGCGGAGCACGGGGAGCGCCGCUGACCGGAGUCGCUCGCUCGGGCCCGGCUGGCCCCGCGGCGAGGGAGGGAGGCAAGGAAGGAAGGAAGGGGGCGCGCAGGUAGCGGGGCGACCGCGCCCCGGCCCGAGCCCCCGUGGGGGCGGGGGCCGUCGGGGCGGCCCGGCCUCCCCCCCGUCCUCCCUUCCUCCGGCAGCCGCGGGGAGGAUGGUGAUGGUGCAGCCGCCCGCAGCCCCCGAGGCGGGCCGGGGCCGCCCUCCGCAGGGGCUGAGGGGAUGAGCCGUGCCCCGCCGGGGGGUCGCUAGCGGAAGGAUGACCACUCCCGCCCUGCUGCCGCUCUCCGGGCGGAGGCUGCCCCCGCUGAACCUGGGGGCCUCCGCCUUCCCGCACCACAGGGCUACCUUGAGACUCUCCGAAAAAUUUAUCCUGCUCCUUAUUCUUAGUGCCUUCAUCACCCUGUGCUUCGGGGCGUUCUUCUUCCUCCCCGACUCCUCGAAGCACAAGCGCUUUGACCUGGGCUUGGAGGAUGUGCUCAUUCCCCACGUGGACACCAGCAAGGGGGGCAAGAACCUCGGCGGCUUCCUCAUCCACGGGCAAGGGCACGACGAGCACCGGCACAGAGAAGAAGAGGAACGUCUGAGAAAUAAGAUCCGAGCAGAUCAUGAAAAGGCUCUGGAAGAGGCUAAGGAGAAAUUGAAGAAAUCACGGGAUGAGAUUCAAGCUGAGAUUCAGACAGAAAAGAACAAAGUAGUGCAAGAAUUGAAAAAGAAAGACAGCAAGCCACUGCCCCCUGUUCCUUUACCAAACCUGAUAGGGAUACACAGCGGAGAACCAGCAGACCCGGAUAUCCGAGAGAGGAGGAACAAAAUUAAAGAGAUGAUGAAGCAUGCCUGGGACAAUUAUAGGCAAUAUGGAUGGGGACAUAAUGAGCUCAAACCAAUUGCCCGGAAAGGACAUUCCACCAACAUAUUUGGAAACUCACAAAUGGGUGCUACCAUAGUAGAUGCAUUGGAUACUCUUUAUAUCAUGGGCCUUCACGAUGAAUUCAGAGAAGGACAAGAAUGGAUUGACAAAAAUCUUGAUUUCAGUGUGAAUUCUGAAGUGUCUGUUUUUGAGGUCAAUAUUCGCUUCAUUGGCGGUCUUCUGGCAGCAUACUACCUUUCAGGACAAGAGGUUUUCAAGAUCAAAGCAGUGCAACUGGCAGGAAAACUUCUUCCAGCCUUCAACACACCUACGGGUAUACCAUGGGCAAUGGUGAAUCUGAAAAGUGGUGUUGGUCGAAACUGGGGCUGGGCUUCUGCUGGCAGCAGCAUCCUUGCUGAGUUUGGUACUCUGCACAUGGAAUUUGUCCACCUUAGUUAUUUGACAGGAGACCCUGUAUAUUUCAACAAGGUCAUGCACAUUCGGAAGUUACUUCAAAAAAUGGAUCGUCCUAAUGGACUUUAUCCAAAUUAUUUGAAUCCAAGAACAGGCCGGUGGGGUCAGCAUCACACAUCCGUGGGCGGGCUGGGAGACAGUUUUUAUGAAUAUUUAUUGAAAGCCUGGCUUAUGUCAGACAAGACGGACACGGAGGCAAGGAAAAUGUACGACGAUGCAAUUGAGGCCAUAGAAAAACAUCUCAUCAGAAAGUCCAAUGGAGGACUGACCUUCAUUGGGGAGUGGAAGAACGGGCAUCUUGAAAGAAAGAUGGGCCAUUUGACCUGUUUUGCAGGUGGAAUGUUUGCCCUUGGAGCAGAUGGUUCCAGAGAUGAUAAAGCUGGACAUUAUUUGCAGCUCGGAGCUGAAAUUGCACAUACGUGUCACGAGUCGUAUGACAGGACAACACUAAAGCUGGGCCCAGAAGCAUUCAAAUUUGAUGGUGGCGUGGAGGCGGUGGCAGUACGGCAGAACGAGAAGUAUUACAUCCUAAGGCCAGAGGUGAUUGAGACCUACUGGUAUAUGUGGAGGUUCACCCACGAUCCCAAGUACAGGCAGUGGGGCUGGGAGGCAGCACAGGCAAUUGACAAGUAUUGCCGAGUUAGUGGUGGCUUUUCUGGUGUCAAGGAUGUGUAUUCCUCAUCUCCUACAUAUGAUGAUGUACAGCAGAGCUUUUUCCUUGCUGAAACUUUGAAGUAUUUGUAUCUGCUUUUCUCCAAUGAUGAUCUUCUACCAUUAGACAACUGGGUUUUUAACACAGAAGCUCAUCCUCUGCCUGUUUUACAUUUAGCCAACACCACACUGUCAGGAAAUCCUGCAUAUCGAUAAAAACAGCUCUAUGAAGAGGAAGAGAGACUGUUUUCAGCUCUGUUUUGUUUACAUGGACCACUUGAGACUUUAGCAGGAGGGGAGACAGACAGACAGACACUUGGUAAACCUAGACCCCCGAGUCAAGCAAGUAUUGGCAUGGGAAACAAAGCUCUUCAACAUAUAAAUAAGUUAAAAGUUCUGUUUUAUACAUGACCAAAACACGUGAGUGUGAUUUUUGCAGGCGGAGACUUCACACGCUUUGAACCCUGGCAAGACAUGGAAUCUACAGAUAAUGGGGCAGCACGAGAAAGAAGAGGCUUUCCCUUCCAGGGAAAGGAACUUGCUGCUUGCUGUUGCAAGGAACAACACACAGUCACCUCUUCAGAUUGGGUGGGUUCCAAAUACCUAGGUUUUCUUUUCCUUUCUUUUUUUCUUUUUUUCAAAAUUUUUUAUGAUGGCAUGAACAAAGCAACACCACUGCACCAGCAGCAUCAGGAUUUGAAUUUCUUUCUGUACCUGUCUGAAUUUUCUAAGGAGCAUCUGUCCAGACUGGCAGCCAUUCUCAGAACCUCUUAUCUGUUAGACCUAAAGUACAAAAAAUAUUGCCUCCUCAUUUCCCCUUUUCAAAAUAAUGCUUGUAUCCAAAAAAGAAAAAACAAUUAGUAAGCAUUUGCUUUGUAGUUCACUGUCAGCAGAGUGGGCUUAGUUCAUUUGGCAAGCUCAGUCAGAGUCUGGAGCGUAUCACAGGAGUAGGAAGGAGCCUAAGUUUCCCUUCCUCACAAAUUAUGUCACAUGAAAAAAACCAUUCUCCUCUUAAUCCUGGUUCUUUUAGCUAGAUAAAAAGAGAUGACAACAUGAGCAAAACUGUUUCAUGAUUUAUAUAGGAGGGUACAGUACAUGGAACUAAAAGAAGCUCCCCUUGAGCUAAACAGUGAGAGCUUGCUGCUCUGUAUUUUUGUACACAAUCUGUUACAUUUCAUUCUUCAGACACUAUUCACAGAACCUUCUUUGCAGGUAUAUGGGUGUCUGACAGAAGUCUAAAACUGUCUUUAAUUUACUUUACAAAACUUGCUUUUCUUCUGGGUGCUUCAGUACAAAUCCAACGUGAUCUUUGGAAGCAGCCUAACAUCUCUCAUAUGUGACUGGAAAAAGAAACUGAAGAGUCUCUUCUUUCAUUAAUUUAUGAUGCUGCUAAAUGCAUGGGGUAUUUUCACGUACAUCAUGGCUGGGCUGGAUCGUAUCCCUUAAAUGUAGUCUUUUUCAGUCUUCAUUUAUUUGCUAAAAAAAGUUUCAUCUUUCCAGAUUUUUUAUCUUUUCAGUUUUGUCUUCCUCAAUCUCUUUUACUGUUGUUCAGAAUAAUUACAGCUCAAACUAUUCUUUUUAUUUCCCUAUAUAGCUCUCAGAUCUUUUGCCAUGGUGACUGGCUCCUUUGCUGACAAACAGCCUGCAGGUUUCCCUCCUAAUUAGUGCACAGGUUGAGUCUUUAAAAAAUCUUGAUGAUGUUUUUUACUGAAGCAAGUGGGAGAACUCUUCAGUGAGCUACAGCAGUACAGCAUCAGAUUUAAAGGGAGUGAAUGCUAUUUUCCCUCCUCAAAAAUGUUUUUAUAUGAAGUUUUUUUAAAAAAAACUUUGCUGCUUAUCAUAUUAUAUUACAUCUGACUGUAGAGUUUUCCCCCAAAAUUACUCUUCAUUUGUCUGUGUCACUAACUUAGACACAGAAGUCAUCAUAUGAUCUAAGUAAAAAUGCUGUCAGAUGCUUUUUUUUCAGACAGUUACAUUAGUUUAAGAGGAAGAAAACAUGGGCCUUGGGAAAAGUUUGAGUCUCAAUGUUUGUACCUUAUUUCUACUUACUUUGUUACUGUAAUUUGCAGCAGUAUCCUAAAAAUAAUUUGAGAACUUAUAAAGUAAUUGGUAUAGUAAACAAUACUGAUUUCAGUAAUUGUUUAUUUAAAAUUAGAAGUAGCUUAAUAAAUGGAUUCUUCUUACUGGCCCCACAUUAAUUUAUUUUUCUAAUUAUUAUUCAGUGACUUACUGAAGAACUAGUAAUUUUUCAUUUUCCCAAGUUCAGAUAUGCUGUGUUUUCAAAUUGUUUUUCUGAUCCUAUGAGAACUGUUAUUAGUUUAAAACUGCACUUGAUUGCCUUGUUCUCCUACAUGUCUCUGGGUAUAUAGAAGAAAGAGGGAAAGCAGACCUUUCUGUUAAGAAAGAAAGAAAGAAAGAUUUAAAAAUAAUAAAAGCACUUUCUGCCCCAUAGACCUGUCCCUGUACUCCUCCUGGUAAAUGCAGGUGUAGAAUGGCUGCCAGUCUGUUCAGAGAAAUGUCAAGGAGUCCCAGAAACAGCAAACUUGCUUCUCCUCCUCCAUCCCCCUCUUGUGAAUUAAAGAGGGACCCUUCAAAUUUUCAAACUUCUCCAUGAAUCCCAGUGGGUUAACUUAUUGCCACAAGAAUGUCUGGAUUGAAGACUAAGCCAUUUCGUGUUAUGGGAUGGUGUUCUUCUCAAAGCAGAUGUACAGUACUGCUGUUUCUUCUUUGUGUAGAUAAGCAGCAGGAACCAAAUAAAGAACACUUGUUUCUUGUUUCCCAGUCACCCCAAUAACAGUCAGUUUAUUCUCCAUCAUUCUUUAAAGUACCAACUGGCCUUUUCCUCCAGAAGCUAAUGAUGUGCAGAGUCUAUCAAAAACAAUGCAUUUGAAGGACUAAUUGCUGUGUCUUUCAUAAAUUUCAUCCUGAGAUUUCCCAGAUCAAGCAGAGUUUGAAGGUUAUGGGUUUUGGCCAAGGUACAUGCUUAAUUACCAGGCACCACAGAUACUGAAACUUCAGACUGAAGUGAUGUGCCCUCCUUCUGAGUCCUUCACAGAAAAGUAGGUUCUGAUCUGCAAAAUGGCAUAAUGUGCAACCCAAAGUUCAGACUGUUUUCCCUCUGGGUACAUAAGGUACAGUAGAAUGUUGCCAUUUCAUUCUGUUGCUGCUGUCUUACUUUCUUGAAGAUAAGAGUGUAAAUUUAAGCACAAAAAUGACUUUUUAGUCCUAGCUGUUUCUGAGUCUUGCACUGUACUCUCUAACAAAACAAUCCUCAUUUUCUCUAGGUAGCUGUCCCAUUUUACAACUUCUACAAUACCCUCUCCCCUUACAGAAUGAAAUAAAAAACAGAAAAUCAUGUGCAUUUUUGGCACACUGGAUUUGGGCAAGAGCCUGGAAAUCCCCAAAUUGUCUAUUUCCUGUUUGCAUGCAGUCAAAACAAGGAUGUAUGGUUCUUUUCCUAAUCCAAGCCUCAAAUUUGCCUGUUGGUUGGGAUCUGCUGGCAAUUUUUUUCCUAACAAUAGAGCUUGACUUUUCAAAGAGGCCAGAUUUCUGCAGCUUCCAUUAACAACCCUGGAGCUGUGCAUGUCUUGCAGUCAAGAAGUCAACUUCUUAGAAUUGUCCUCUAAAUAAAAAAAAAUACCUUGAAUGAUAUUCUAAGUGUUAACUUUGCUGCACAAUAUAGUCCUUCAAACUGAAUGUUCAAGGAAGGUAUAGAAAAUAGCAAGUGCCCUGGAGUAGAAGGAAGAGCAAGUAUUUCCAUGUGCCAGUCACACCUUUGCUGUUCCUUCAGCUCUCUGCUCCAGAUUUAUGGAUCACUGUGUUCUAGCUCCCAAACACUGACACAUUCCCUCACAGUAUUUUACAAGUUUUGAAUAUUGCCUGGGUUCUGAAAGGUGACAUUAAUUACACACUCCCUGUAAUGCCGUCCUUUAAGGUUAGAGGUGCACCCCCUCAGCAAAGCCCUGUUGGUAUUUACACUACUAAGCCUAGACCAUGUUUAUAAGGGGACAAAUAAGAAACAGACUUCUUGAUGCCAGAGAAAAAUGAAAGCAAGCUCUUGAUCCAUACUGUAGUUGGGAGAUCCGUUCACCCUGAGUAAGACAUCCCUCUUUCACUCCUUGAAUCUUGAGAAAAGCCUUCUGACUCAAGAGUUUGAGUUGCCAUACAAAGAGGAAGCCCAGGCUCUUUUGCAAGUUGUGUGCAAGCUGUAGCAGAGAUGAUAAGCACGAGCUGCUUCAGCUGUCAGCGCCUUCUAACAAACUGCUCUGUAAUUGCCCAGGAAAGUUGGGAGCCACCAAAGUCAGAGGAGACAGCCUGACCUGUUACAGUGAAUUGUUGCCUUUAAUCCUAAUUGCUUGGUGGAAGUUGGAUUUGCAUUCUGCCUUUAUUCUUGCUUUGUCUAAAACUGACAGAUUUUUUUUUUCCUCCAAAAUAAUAAAAGGGCAAAAGUCUAUCUUCUGAUGUGGAAACCUUCUGCCUCUGACCUGGAAUCCUGCAUAUGUACUUUUUACAGAUUAAAAAAUAAUAUUGUAUAUAAAAAAGAUUGAAUAAAGAAUGUCUUUAAG